UUAAUUGCGUCACUCUCCAUCCUAAUGCAGAAUUCCACAAUAUUAUAGUCACUGUUGUCCAAGGGGCUUUGGACAACAACAUCGCUAACUAAUCCUUCCUCUUUAUGCAAUACCCAGUCUAGGAUGGCCUGCCCUCUAGUCGGUUCCUCUACAUGUUGGUUUAAAAACCCAUCCUGUAAACAUUCCUAGAAAUCCUCCUCCUCCUCAGCACUGUUACCAAUUUGGUUGGCCCAAUCUAUAUGUAGGUUGAAGUCACCCAUGAUAACCUCUGUACUGUUGUUACACGCAUCUAUAAUUUCCUGCUUGAUGCCAUCCCCGACCUCCCUACUGCUGUUUGGUGGUCUGUAUACCACUCCAACAAGCAUUUUCGCAGUUCUACCCAUACUGAUUCUGCAGCAUCCAAGCUAAUGUCUCUCCUUGCUAUUGCAUUAAUCCACUCUUUAAACUGCAAUGCCACCCCAUUUAAUACAGAAAAGUGUGAGGUAUUUCAUUUUGGGAUGUCAAACAAGGGCCUCUGAGUACUGUUGUAGAGCAGAGGGAUUUGGGAGUACAGGUGCAUCUUUCCUUGAAGGUCGGGUCGCAAGUAGAUAAGGUGGUCAAAAAGGCUUUUGGCAUUUUGGCCUUCAUCAGUCAGAGUAUUGAGUAUAUAAGUUGGGAGGUCAUGUGCAGUUGUAUAAGACGUUGGUGAGACCACAUUUAGAAUAUUGUGUUCAGUUCUGGGCACCAUGUUAUGGGAAAGAUAUUGUCAAGUUUGAAAUGGUUCUCAAAAGAUUUACGAGGAUGUUGCCAGGACUAGAGGGUGUAAGCUAUGGGGAGAGGUUGAGUUGACUGGGUCUCUAUUCCAUGGAGCGCAGGAGGAUGAGGGGGUAUCUUAUAGAGGAGUACAAAAUCAUGAGAGGAAUAGACGGGUAGAUGCACAGGAUCUCUUGCCCAGAGUAGGGGAAUCGAGGACCAGAGGACAUAGGUUCAAAUUGAAGGGGAAAAGAUUUAAUAGGAAUCCGAGGGUUAACUUUUUCACACAAAGGGUGGUGGGCAUAUGGAAUAAGCUGCCAGAGGAGGUAGUUGAGCCUGGGACUAUCCUAUUGUUUAAGAAACAAUUAGACAGGUGCAUGGAUAGGACAGCUUUAGAGGGAUAUGGACCAAGCGCAGGCAUGUGGGAUAAUGUAGCUGGGACAUUGUUGGCCGGUGUGGGCGAGUUGGGCCAAAAGGCCUGUUUCCACACUGUAUCACUUAUAACUCUAUGACCCUAAAUACACCCAUAGGGUCAAACAUGAGAAUGAUGGUAAUGAAGAUGUGGAUGAUUGUUGUUAAUACCGCAAUGGAGAAGUGAUACAGCUGGUUUCAGUCAUGAUACAAAUAUAUACAGGCCAGAUAUUACUCAUGGUAUCCACCUUUGCUUGUGGAAAGGCCCAGUCAAUCAAAAUCCGAGCCAUUCAUCUCCACCAAAAUUCUUUAAAGCACACUAAAGCAGACUUUAAAAAUGCCUAUCUGAAAAUCUUUACAAGAUAAUAGACGUUGCAAUGGCUUACUAUCCCAUGAAAUCAUUUAUCUGAAAAGAAAAAUGUAAAAUUAAGAUUAGAAGGAAAAUACUAAUUACUGAACCUGUUAAGUAUUGCAUUAUAUUUCCAAAAUUGUACCCAGAGAAAAUAUAUUGAUUUGUCUUGCCCAAAGACAGGCAACAUUCAAUUUUCUCCUUCAAACAGCAGCCCCAGAAGUGGGUAGGAAGGAACUGCAGAUGCUGGUUUAAACCGAAGAUAGAUGCAAAAUGCUGGAGUCACUCAGCGGGACAGGGAGCAUCUCUGGAGACGAGGAAUGGGUGGCGUUUCGGGUCGAGACCCUUCCACAUAAGUGGGCUUGCAUUAGAACAUGAUGUCGGGUCUUGAUAACCAGCUGGGGCCUGAUGUACCAAUGAAAGCUCACCCCUGCCACUUCCGUGGAGGCUGAAAGCUGCUAGUUUGGUUAUUUUUUACAGCAUCAGUUGCGUGCACUGAGAAACAAGACUGGGCUGUUCAAAAGUAAACAGGUGGGGAACGUUGAAGGCUUCUUUGUCCCACACCUCUGCAAAGGAAUGAAGCAACAGAAACUGCAGGGUCUGUCACAGCAUUGCAUAACUUCAGAACUGUCUUUUGUGUAAGUUAACAUCAUACUCUGAAAGUUGCAUAAAUGGGAGGUGUUUAAGGAUGAUAAUUUGAUGAAGUGCAUUUGCAAAUCAGACAAAUUGUGCAAGAAUAUAAAGCUCUCUUCCCAUCACCAACCCCUAUCUCCAGGCAGUUAGGUGCAAGUGAAUACCGAUCACCAUCAGCAAGGCUGAACGGAGAGGAUUGAACCAGCUCUGAAAAUUCAUUCUCACCACAACCACAACAGGAGGGUUCGCUGUUAACAUCAAAGUUUGGAGCGUCUACGAAAAUGGGAUUGAAAUCUCAUGUAAUUGUCUUCAUUUUCUGCUUGCACUUGUUCAGUCUAUCAACAGUGUUUUCUCAUGGACGUAACAAAGGCCAAAGAGAGAAGUCAAGCCGAUGUCGUGGAUGGGAAGAGGAUCUAAGAAGCAACCUCAUUGCUCCAGGAAAUAUCACCAAAUUUCUUGAACGCUUCAAGGACUCCAUAAGCACUCUGAGUCCAGGCUGUGUCCAAUCAUUCAGUCUUAAUGUUAGUUACUACAACCUGAUGAAACUAAUGAUGGUCUUAAAUGAAAAAUAUGAUGACCUUAUUCCUGGUACCAGGAAGCAGAUUUAUAAGUGGGUGGAAGAUAUUUACACAAAAUCAUCAGGACCGUUUGGAAUGAACACCAUGGACUCAUCCAGUGGUGAGGGUUCAAAGCCUAAUGGUGGCAAAGAUAAAGGUAAAAGGAAGGGUAAGGAUAAGGGUAAAGGUAGUUGGAUCACCCUCGAUCUGUUGAACAUACUUGGUCGAUUCAUUGUCCAAGCACCUACCUCCACUUUCAAGGGCAUUGCACGAGGUGAAACUAGCACGAUAUGCCAGCUUUUCAACUCUUCAUCCGACCUUUUGGACAAUCUCUUUGAUCUCAAACCAGUGCAAGCUCGCAUUCUCAUCGAAGGACUUAAUGCAUGUGGCAACGUUAACAUCAGUGAAGAUGCAACAAUUGCCAAGCUUGGUCAACUGGCAUGUUUCUACCCCAUCAAGCAACUGAAUAUGCUUAAUAAGAUGGCAUUAAAGAGUUUGCAGACCCAAUUGCUCAACUGUACAAGGAACUUAAAGGAGAUCUAUCGGGUGCUUGUGGCAAAUGUUAAUGUCAAUGAUUUGACUGCUGAGAAAGUAAAAGAACUAGGAGCUUUUGUGGUUGGAUUGAAAAUCAGUCAAGUGUCCAACAUCUCCAAAGAGGCCAUUCAAGGUGCUCUUAGUGAACUGAAGGAUGUCAAGGGGUGGUCCAGAGGCCAAAUCAAGGUUCUUGUCAAAAAAUACAACGAAAUAAAAGAAGUCACUGCUAAACGGUUAAAAGAUCUCGGUGUUCUCGCCUCUGGUCUUGGAGCAAAGUCAUUUGGCAAGUUCAAAGGUCAGGAGCUUCUGGAUGCUUUUUCUCAAAGGGAUGUGGCAGAGUCUUCAAACGUCAUGUUGCCGGUGCAGAAGAAGUCGAUCAUGAAAGCGAUCUUGGACUCAGUGAAAAUUGAUUCCGUUCUGCAAUCACUUCCCGAAUCACUGGUGCCACAGAUUCCAACAGGCAAUUUGGAACAUGCUGGCAACAUCAGUCUAGAAUUCUUGAGCAAAGACAAGCCUUGGAACCUGGGUCAGUCUGUUGCUCUAAUUAAUUAUGUUAAAUACCAACUCAACAAAGCCCAAGAUAUCAGUAAACUGAAGACUGCUGUCAAAGGUAUUCCGUGUACUCUCAUUCACACACUGAAGCCUGAUGUGGUGAAUGCCCUAGCAAAUAACCCACAUGUUUCCAUUGAUCAGAUUCGCUGUGCUGCUAGUAUGUUCUUUACCAAAAAGAAGCUCAGUCAAGGAAAUUACUUCAGAAGCCUCACGAAGGCAGGCAUUGAUGAGAUCCUGGCCUCCUACUUGAUUUUUGAGCCGACUAUUCCGGAACUGAGGGAUAUUCCAAUGUCUCUGUGCUCCAAUAUCGUUGAUCUGAUCAGCCAGGCCAAUAUAUCAGUGUUGCCCCUAAUGUCAGACAGACGUAGAGAUCUUUUCAAAUAUGCCAUGGAAUGCCUGAAACUGAAUGUUUCCUCAUUGACUGAAGACCAAGGUGCCAGCUUGGGAUCCUUAGUCUGUGAAUUCAAUGCUGAAGAAAUUAAAACCUUGAAUAAAACUGUCUUCCUUGCACUAAUUCCUCAAUUCCGUGAAUGUAGGUGGUUCACUAAAGAGCAACAAAAAGCUCUCAGAGAAACGAUCAUGUUAGCCUUUCCGACUCCCUCAGCCUGGACAGUGGAUGAAUUAACUCUCUUGGAUGUCUUGCUAACGGUUCUAACUCACGAUGAUUUUAUAUCAAUCCCCAGUAAUGAUGACAUCAAAAUAGCUCUUGAGCAAAUCCUUUCUACUCACAAGCCUACUCGUGGUAGAUCAUUCAAGUUCUCUGCACUUUAUUGGAAGUUCUUCGAUAUCCUGACCAAGAAGACAGCGUCCAACCGGAAAAAACGGGCAUCAGAAUGUGCAGUGACCCCAACCUUCAUGCAAAUUGAAGCUCUCCGUGAAGCAAACAGUAUGUGGACUGUGGAGCAGUUGGGUUGCAUUUCAGAUGAAGACUUUAUAAAUUCUCUGGACACACUGACUGAGGUCACAAGCUUCAGCACUAAACAGCUGAAAGCUUUAAAAGCAAAGGCCAUGCAGGUCUAUGGCAUGAAUAUCAACAAUGAACAGCUUGCUUCACUGGAGAGGAUCACACUUGGAUUUAAUAAUGAGGAAGUCAAGAAAUAUUUCACUAAACCCGACAUUGAUACCGUCGGUGCAAUCUCAAAUUACAUCGAGUGGUCCUUAAUUGAGUUUGACCCACAGGCCAGAACAAUCAUGAAGAACUUCAUGAAUGGUCGUGCAUAUAGUAAUCUCAGCAGCACGGAACUGGUUGGACUGGGUUACUUCAUUUGCAAUGUUCGUCCACAUCAGAUCCUUUCCAUUACUUCCUACAGAUCUGCAGCCAGGGAUAUUGGGAACAAAAUGUGUUGGAGAGAAGAGACACGCACUGCUUUGAAGGUCAAAGCAGUCGAGACGUUUCCCAAUAUAAAAAGCUGGACUGGAGCACAGCUACAGGAGAUAGGACUUGUAGCCGCUGGGUUGACUGCAGAAGAAGUAUCCAAGCUGAGCACAUCUGCUGUUUCGUACCUGACACCAAUGGCUGUCAGCUUCUUCCCUCCUAAAGUCUUUUCGGCUAUGUCUUCAGAGCAGUUGAGGAACUUGGGGCCAGAAAAUUAUGGUGCUGUAACUGAAGCACAGAAAGCAGCAUUGUCACGUAUGCAGUUGGAUGCCUUGAAUGAAAAUAUUGGAAGCACGGGUGGUGCAGGCACUAUUUACUGGAAUCCUGUGAUCAUGUUGACCCUUCUGAUUCUCAGCUUGACAGUGCCACUCCAUUAACUUGUGAAUUGAAGAACUGGAAAAGUUUCAGUUGCUCGGCAAUGCAUCAAGAAAAACAACACAUACAAUCACCCAUUGAAAUUUCAGGUUAAAUUUACAAACUGCAAGAUAAUUGGAUCACCUUGAAAAAUGUUGCAGGGCAAAAGAUGGAAUUUCUCCUGUAAUCCACCAAAAAUGAACAUAUUGAAUAACACAACAUGUGAGCAACACCAAAUUAAUUCUAAACUGCUCUGCUCAAACCAUGCAAGAAACAAAUGAAAACUAUUGAAGGGAAAUGGUGCAUUCCAGUUAAUGCAUUCAACAUCCGAUUUGCAGGAUAUUUUUUAUUAUAAUCAGCUGAUAUUAAAUAAAACCAUAGGAAUGGAACCACUCAAAGUUCAUGGUCAUUGUUGGACAGAGUGCAUUAUCUAAAUAGGAAAUUAAUGCCAUUUAAUCUGGGUGACUAAUUCGGGUAACCUCAACUAUUUUUUAUUGCCUGAAGGAUUUGAAUAACCAGUUCUUUCACCCUUGUGUUUUUUUUCACUAAAUGACUGGAUGUUUUUAUUCUCUCUGUUUGGUUUUGUUUUCAAGAGAGAACACAACACUGUUGUGCUGGGACAGGGAUAGAUUUGUGCAUGCUGGGGGAAAGGGGGUGGGUGUGGCUGAUGGGGGAAACACUGAUGUCUAAUCAGAAUGUCUCAUCUGUAAUAGACACAAAAUGCUGGAGUAACUCAGCGGGACAGGCAGCAUCUCUGGAGAGAGGGAAUGGGUGACGUGUCGAGACCAUUCUCGAUCUGUCCCCUAUGUCUAAUCUAUAGAUCGUGCAUCUAGAGAAAGCUUGAUAGAUCACCUGUCCAAUGUUACCCAGAAUUUUGCAACAAUCUAAAAUUAUCAGAAUGUUUUUUUAAUGUUUUUUUUUAAUAUGAGGUUAGCCUGUGUAUGCAUCUAUGGUGAAGAUGGAUUUUCUCCAUUGAUUAAACGAUAAUACAUCUGACCCUUAUGAAGCUUGGAUUGCGUGAUUCAGAUAAGAGUUGAACAUAUUAUUUAGCAAUGUUUGAUAGGCUGACGGGGAAAUAAAUGUAGAUUUUUUUUUUUAGUAGCUUUAGUUCUUCAUUCUACCUGCCUACCAAAGAGGUCCAGUCUAGCCACUGGUGAUGCUGCCUGUGGGACAUUUAUUCCACUUUAAUGUCUAGAGCAUUCUCAACAGAAUAGAAAAUAUAAUCUAUCCUGUGCAAGUCCUGUUGCCAUGUAUGGUGAAUUUGUAUAAUGGCAUGCUAUCUGGUAUUUGGCACAUAUUAGCCUAAUUUAAAUAGCUGGUGAAAACCUCCAUCAAAAUACUGGACAAAGGAUUGAUAUAUAAAACAUCCAGCCACUGCCACUGAAAUAUUCAACCACCAUUAUGUUGCCAAAUAAUGAAAAUCCAGGUACAUGCUUAUAAUGUUAAUUAUAAUGCAAGAAUGACAACAUUGAUAAGAGCAGAUUGCACCAGGAUAAUCUUUUGUUAAAACAAUGUAGACUGUGCUUUCAAUGUAGGUUUAGGUAAGGAACACAAUUCACAAGUGGUGACUCCUAAGGGCUAAAUAAAUGUGUAUAUUAAUUUUCACUCGUGUUUGUGUUUGCAGAAUGUGUUUUAUGCCUAGACAGGGGACAAGUUAUUUUUUAAAUGGCCUGAAUGGAAUGUUUAUUUAGUUUGAUAUUUGUGUAUAUAAAUGAUCAAAGGCCUAGUGUCUGCUCAAUAAUGGAUUCAUGUUUAAACCUUCAGUCUAAGGAAGUAAUUGUUUACCUUAACCUUUGAAGUGGAUCCACUUUUGGCCUUUUGUCUGCUUAAUGCUCUUAGAGAAAAAUAAUUUCAAAAGACAGGAAAAUAUUUCAACGUGACCAUAUUAUUUCAUAUACUUAAGCAGAAGUUCUUGUGCCACUCCUUUGUCAUAGUAUAGUUUAAUAACAGUAAUUGGGAUAACAAAUUCUGUUGUACAAAUUAUGACAUAUUAUUGCAUAAAAUAUUUUCAACUAUUAAUUUCAUGGGCCACGCACAUUGCUUAAUGUUUUUAUUCAAUUGUGAUCAAAAGUACAUUUGUGUCUUCUAAAAAAUAAAGAUUUGGACAUGAAGAUUAUAA